CGACUAAUAUGUAAGAAUGCUAUGCCAUUCACAAGGAGAAGGGAGAGCAAGAAGAUUCAAUGUAAUAGUCGCCAACAUUUAUAAAAAAUGCAGAGGCUAUUGACUAGAGAUAUCGUGAGACUGGGAUGACACACAUCAAAGGAUCGAUGGACGGAGGGUAAAGGCUAUCUCGGCGUGGGGUCAGCUGUCAGCCGCAAACCGGACAUGCUGACCACGCCGUGAGUCGUCGGGCCGCAACACCGGUAGCGUGCUCGCUCUCCCACGCUUACCUACACUACAACAAACUUCGAGGCAUCGGAGAUCUCGACGAUAGCGUCAAUCCGAAUCCCAUCGCUACUGCAAUAGACAGUCAGAUAGCCACCUACUAUCCGUAGAAUAAUGGGCCAGUCAAAGUACCUGAGCGGCGAUUCUGCCGCCAUCGACGAGUUCUUGGAUAAGUUUGAUGUAUUCCUAUUCGAUUGCGAUGGCGUUCUAUGGUCUGGUGACCAUUUAUUCGAGGGGAUCCCUGAGACCCUGGAAUUACUGAGAUCGAAAGGAAAACGUGUCGUGUUCGUGACGAACAACUCGACAAAAUCUCGGCAGGACUACCAAAAGAAGUUGACGGGCAUGGGCAUACCCAGCAAUGUAGAGGAAAUAUUCGCAUCGGCCUAUUCAUCUGCCAUCUACAUCUCCCGCAUCCUCAAGCUUCCAGGACCCCGCAAUAAGGUCUUCGUGCUGGGCGAGAGCGGGAUCGAGCAGGAGCUGCAGACUGAGAAUGUGCCAUUCAUUGGCGGCACCGAUCCAUCGCUGCGACGAGACAUAACGCCAGCAGACUUCGCCGGGCUCGCCGACGGUUCGAUGCUGGAUCCGGAAGUUGGCAUCGUGCUAGCGGGCCUCGAUUUCCACAUCAAUUACCUGAAGAUCGCCAUGGCAUUCCAGUAUCUGCAGCGCGGCGCCGUGUUCCUCGGAACAAACCUCGACAGCACGCUACCCAUGAGCGGCGCUUUCUUCCCCGGCGCAGGCACCUGCUCCGUUCCGCUCGCCAACAUGAUAGGCCACAAGCCCACGGCUCUUGGCAAACCCUCCCAGGCUAUGAUGGAUGCUAUUGAAGGCAAGUUUCGCCUCGACCGUGCCCGGACAUGCAUGGUUGGGGACCGCCUCGACACCGAUAUCCAGUUUGGUAUCGACGGCGGACUCGGCGGUACGUUAGCUGUGCUGACGGGUGUCUCGAAGAAAGAGCAAUGGGAGGCAAAGGACGCCGCCUAUGUGCCCGCAUACUACGUCGACAAGCUCGCAGACCUCAGAGGUGCGAGCUCAUAAGGAGCCCUAUAGAGGAGUUCUAGACCUUGUUAACGACUAGAAAGAAUGAAGCGCUAUGGUCAUAGAUAGACCUCGGAAUUUCCGAUUACGGUAG